AACUAAAAGCAUUUGUGCGGUGGGUUCUUCAGUCUUCACCACCCCGAAGCCCCGAACUGGCCGUCGAAGCCAACCCGGCGAUUCCGCAAAAAUCCAUGGGCGGCGGCGGCGAUCUCAGCCCCUCCAGCGCCCCCUCCUCCCCGUCGUCGUCAUCGGAGCCCCUUCCCCAUGAGUUUGCCGAAUACGCGGCCGUAUCCCCGGCAAUCGAUGGCGAGUCCGACGGGUGCUGCGUCUGCGAUGACCCCGAGGUGGAGGCCUUCCUCCAUGGCGGCCGACUCCAGGAUCGGUCUCUGCGGGAGGCGAAAGAACUCAUCAGGAGGUAUAAACCUGGGGACUUGGUUGAAGGAGUGUGUGGCACAAAAUCUGGAGACUAUGUGUUGCCUGAUAUAACAACGUUUCUAUUGGUGGGCCCUAGAGAUGCUGGCAAGAGCGCACUUGUGAACCGAAUUACACGGGUCUUCGACAAGGAUGAUGAUCCUGAUGCACCAGAUCGAGCACAGGUCUCCUGUAAUUCCAAAUCAACCGGUACAAGCUUCCUUCGGGAGUACAGAGUUCCUAGGAAUUCAAAUUCUAUAUGUAUUUAUGAUACAAGGAGCCUCUCCAACAACCAUGAAAACAAUUUUAAGAUGUUGCAAAGAUGGAUGACAAAGGGACUUAGCCAUGGAGAUAUCAUCACGUGGGAUAAUGAUAAUUACUCUAAGAUUCAGAACAUCAAGUCAAUGGGAAGACAAUACAGUUUUCUGCGUUGCAAGACCAGGAAGGUCAACUUUGUGAUAUUUGUUGUUAAUGGUGCUUCUGUCCUCGAAUCAAUUGAGAACAACAACAAAAACUACAUUGAUAUGCUCCACAAAACAUUUAUGUAUCCAUUCUUGUCAUUUGGAGAUGAUAAGCCUGCUGUUGUGGUCACUCAUGGAGAUAGACUAACAGCACAACAGCGCAUGCAUGUUCGAAAUGAGUUAGUAGAGUUGCUUGGCAUUCCUCUGCAGCAAAUUUUUGAUAUAUCAGGAUGUGAUGACUACGAAACUGACUUGUCUGUAUUGGAUAUGUUGCGUUACUGUAUCCAACAUGCUGAGCAAAACUUCCCUAUUAAAAAGAAUUAUCUUUUAGAGAUGCAUGGACGUGAAACUCUUAAGCAGAUAGCAGUGGGGUUGAUGGGCUUCGAUGCAGUCAUUGAAACGGCCAUUAUUUUCCUAUGCAUCGUUAUCCUUCUGCUUCGUGUAUCAGAUAAAUUGGUGCAAUGGUAAUCAACUUCUGCAUAUGGUCUGUAUAUAUAUAUGUAUAAAGGGGAGAAGAGUUAUCACCUUCUCAGGAGUAGCAAAAACACCAUGGAUUAUUAUGUAAAGCAUGUUUACAUUGUGAAUACUAAUAUUGUCUGGGUAUGCUUGUACAUAUUAUGCUUACUAUCUAAACUAGUAACAUGCAUGUGCUAACGCUACAGCAAUAUUUGGUAAUGCAAAUAAAACAGUUAAAA